CGAUUCAAUGCAAGAAAUGUGUCAAAAAUUCAGCAAUUCCGCAGGUCUCAUUUUGAUUGAUUGGUGUAUCUCAACACAUUUGUCUAUUUACAGUUGUGAGGAAAAAAAAUAGGUCACUGUAAAUAACAUUCUAGCUAAAAAUGAAUGACGUGGGACCAAGUCAGCGUUUUGCAAGUCUCAUGUAUUUAAUCUCAAGUCUCAAGACAAGACAGGUCGAGUCACGUCCGAAGCCAUAGGCUUGAAAUGUUCGAGUCCUGACAAGUUAUAAGCAGUGUUUAGUGCCUCCCAAAUAACACAAAAUUCUAACAAUGUAUUAAAAUUGACAAAAUGAAUAGAAUUUUAAGUGUUUUAUUAAAAAAAAUAAGACCAGUGCGAGAAAACUUAGUCACACAAAAAGAGUGCUGACAUGGCAUUCAGGAUUUAUGUAAUCCACACAUUCAUUUGUUCUUAAACCUGAUUGGAUGGGAAAAUACGUUGCCUUGCUGGAAAUUACAUAACGAUCACGUUAGUUGCAUACUUUGAAUGGGGACACGUUUUACUCAACACAUUCACUGAAAAUCUCUUGUAUUUUUAAGUCAUCAGACUAAAGAAUGAGCCGGGUCCCGAGUCAUUGAUGUCAAAAGCCAAUUCGAGUUGCAAGGCUUUGAUGAUAUUGUCAAGUCCAGGCAAAAGUCAUCAAAAUUGCGACUGGAGUCCACACCUCUGCCAAUGAGUUGCUAAAGUCCUGCCCAUGUCUAUGCACAGACAUUUUGCUUGAAUGAGGCCAUGUUCUUCAAAGAUGCUUGCUCAAAUUUUACACACAUGUGCUUGUCAGUCCCAUAAAAGUGUGUCCCAAAUUUCAUGUUGAUUCAGCCAAACACCUUAAAGUUACAAUAGGUCUUUUUGUAAACCUGUAUGAAAAAAUGCAAGUCAAUUAGACUCAUGGGGUUUAAUUACAGCGCCACCAUGUGGUGUAUUUGCCAGAAAAAUAACAGCAAAGGGCAACACAGUAAAGGUUCACGUUUUGACAGUUUUUUGUCUUUUUUGUGCAGUUGUUGAGGAGUAGAAGAGUUAUUUUAAACCAGAAUGUUAGGCGCAUCCUUUAUUAGCUUCUAUGCUAGCUAAAUAUACGCCUUUUUACCGCAAGUUGGCAGCGUUGAGCUGCCUCCUCGCGCGCCGCAAUAGAACGUUGUCCAAUCUCUCCGCCUCGCUCCACCAAGACUCGGAAUGGGAAGAAAAAUAUGGCGUGAAGGAGGCGGACGCUGACUACCACCGUUCCCCUUCUUCUAUCCUGUGUGAAAAGCAAGAUAAAAACAUGGAUGUAAGAACACGCGGCGGCGCACGUUUAGAGCCGAGACGCCGGAGCACAAAGCGGAUGGGAGAGAAAGCCUAGCUUGCAGCACGCCUCAUCAUCUUCCAGCCUGCAACAUCAUCCUUUUUUUAAAAAAAAAAGACGUCUCAUACAUCAACGAGGCUAGCUGGAUCCUGCCUCUUUGACUUUUUGAAUUUAUACAUUUUUUAGAAUAAACAGCGGAGACACGUCGAGUAGCCUCCUUAGCAGUGUCGUCGUGUGAAGAAAAGACGCCAACAUGAGCGAGCAGAGCAUCUGCCAGGCUCGGGCCUCGGUGAUGGUCUACGACGACGCCAGUAAGAAGUGGGUGCCCAUUAAGCCGGGCCAGCAGGGCUUCAGCCGCAUCAACAUCUACCACAACACUGCCAACAACACCUUCAGGGUAGUCGGUGUCAAGCUGCAGGACCAGCAGGUGGUGAUUAACUACUCUAUAGUGAAGGGCCUCAAGUACAAUCAGGCCACGCCAACCUUCCAUCAAUGGCGUGACGCUCGCCAGGUCUACGGGCUCAACUUUGCCAGCAAGGAGGAGGCCACCACCUUCUCCAACGCAAUGCUGUUUGCCCUCAACGUCCUCAGCUCGCCUGACAGUGGAGGUCCAGUUGUCCAGCGCCAAAAUGGACCCUCCUCAGAGGAGAGCGAGGCCCAGAGGAGGAUGAUGGAGCAGCAUCAGAUGCAAGCGCACAAGGAGAGGGAGCGGCGGACGUCAGGAUCAGUCGUUUCCACUCUCCAAUAUAAAGUGUCCGCACCCCCUGUCCACCCAGACACUCCGCCCGAGUACAGACAGUACAGAGCUAGCACACUGCCCCCGUCCUACGUCCGUGUGGCCUCUUCCUCCUCCCCUCCCUCCUCCUCGUCCUCUCCCUCCCAAGAGAAAGAGGCGGGGGUGGCUAGGGACAAGGCCCAGCUGUCCUCCCAGCUCUCCACCUCGCUGGCCUCCGCCUUCUCCCCAGUCCAAGCGGGAGUUACUACCCAGGGCCGACAGGUCCGUCAGAUCCCCCUGUCUCCUCCCACCACAGCCCGACACCUCCACCAGCAGCAGGACAUCAUGCUCCCCCCCAAACAUGGCACCUGGUCCGCCUCGCAUUUGCAGCAAAUGUACGCCCAGUGCCCCCCCGCCGCCUCCCCGCCGGUAAUGAUGGCCAUGCCUGCCAGGCAGGGCUUACCGCCGCCACAGCCCGUGCUCCCUAUGGCGCACCCCCUCCCGACCAUGAACGCUAGGAUGAAGCCCCCACCACUCGACCCGGGCCCUCAGCAGUACCCGCAGCAUCAGCCCCACCCUCACGCCAAUGGCCAGUCAGAUGACUCCUACUCCCCCCACUCCCACCAGCUGCCGCUCACCCCGCAGUACUGCGAGGCCGUGCCCCUGCCGCCCCUGAUGGGCCAGCCGCCCCCGGGGUCCGCCCCCAACCACCAGCCCCACUACCAGUCCACCUUCCACCCUCAGCAGCAUCAGCAACAGGUGCACAACCAGCAGGCCCCAUCCUCGCCCCCGUCUUACAAUGAUGGGGGUUCUCCCAAGAAGACCCCCUCCCCUGUCCCCCAGCAGGCUCCCAUGACCAACAGCAGCCCUCCUGUGUCUGCAGGUCACCCCGCUAUGCUGUCCGUGGCCCCUCCCCCGGCUGUGGCACCAGUACCCAUGGCCGGGCCCCCAGCCCCACCGCCGCCUCCAGGUCCGCCGCCCCCGAUGGCGGUGCCCCCACCCAUGCCUCCUCCGCUGCCCGCCGGUGGCGGGCCUCCCGGGGGUCCCCCUGGCAUGCAGCACCAACCCUCGGGGUUGGCGGCCGCGCUGGCUGGGGCCAAACUGCGUAAGGUUCAAAGGGAUGAGAGCAGUCCACCAGGAUCAAGUGGUAAAAGUGACUCCAACCGAUCUAGUGGCGGUAGCGGUGGCGGGGGAGAGGGUCUGAUGCAAGAGAUGAACGCCUUAUUAGCUCGCAGACGGAAAGCUUCUGAGAAACCCGAUGAAGACGACUCUGGUAGUCGCGGGCCUGGUCAGAACUCAACAGAUGCUAUGAAGAAGCCGUGGGAGAGAUCCAACUCUGCAGAAAAGUCCUCACUGGUCUCCAGAGUGAGACCCAUUGGCAGCACCAGUGAAUCAGACACCGAGUUUGACAGAAUGAAACAGGAAAUUUUGGAUGAAGUCGUACGCGAGUUGCACAAAGUGAAGGAUGAAAUCAUUAAUGCCAUCAGACAUGAAAUUGGCCGGAUCAGCACAUCCUAAUCUCACCUGAGUGACAUUUCGGAGGAGGAGCUGAAGGAUGAGGACGAUGAUGAGGGACAUGGGUGGAUGCAAAGACAGACACGUGACGACCCCCUUCGGAAUGUUCUCUCAAUGUUUCUGUGACCUCUCACGUCGCCGCGUUGCAGAGACGUUGUGCCAACAUUUGAGUCUGCUGGACAGCGAAGAAGAAGAGGAAGUGAUGAAGAAGAUGGAUGUUUGGUGUUGUGCGUGAGUGUGCACCUCAAAGACUCACACAGCCCAGUGUUGCAACUUUACCUUCUUUUCAGUCUUAAAAAAAAAAAAGGAACAUAUUUUUUAAGUUUGUACUGUUUUAUUAUUUAAAAGCUGUGUUGACGACAAAAGGACAAAAGGAAAGUUGCGCACCUUUUAUGUCAGCCUUUUAUACGUCCUUUUCUUCUUUUGGCUUCAUCCCAAACAAGCACAAAGUAUUCAUACCGGUGUCGUGUGGCAAAAACCUCUCCUUUCCACUGAAAAGACGCCUUCGCAUCCACAAAACUCAAAGUGGAAAGUCAUCGAAAAAGUGGCUGAAAAUGUGGUAGUUUGUAUUCAUCCUUUGUUUGUGAUGCAUGAGCCCUCAUCCCAUCUGUCAAUUUAUUUAUUUGCUUAUAUGAAAAAAAAGUUGGUGCAUCGAUGAUCGUGCUUUGUUUCCAUGAGGACGUUCUCUGUGUGUACGAGACCGUGCUGAUGAUGGUAGCAAGGAAGAAGAAGGUGUUUUUGUGGCAAUAUGCAAAGUUGGAUCCAUGAGAAGAAUGUGGAGAGACCGUGGAAUGCGAGGCCAACGUGCCGACAGCUCUCAGUGUGUCUUUGCAGGAGUUUGGGUUGUUGCACUCGCAUUGUCUGCUCUCAAGCGACAUCCUCAUUAAAAAAAACAAUGGAAGUAAAAAAAUGAAACCAAA